AUAGUUUUUUUUUUUAGAGUCUAUCGAGUCUGCAUUUAGUCUGCAUAUGUCUAGAGUCAUUUCUAUUCAUGUGGGGGAUUGUUGGACCAAUUUAUUAAGCCCAAUGGCUUUAAUAAAAAAUUGGAAAUGAUGAAAAGAAAUGGGCCUGCGGGAGUUAACUCAAGAAGCCUUUCAUGACUUUAAUGAAGGAGUUUUAAAAACAUCCCACAUCGGUUACAUGAGGAGAAAACGAGCAGUAUAUAUAAGUGUAUACACUUACACUAGAUUAAACGGCUCAGAGGAAGAGAGAGCUCCCCACGCGCGCGCCGCCGCCGCCGUCCGGCCGGCUUGGCUCGGCUCGGCGUGGGCGUGGGCUUGGGCUUGGGCUUGGGCUUGGGCUUGGGCUUGGGCUUGGGCUUGGGUGGAGGGCCUUUGGCCCGAUAAGAAUUAUUCUUUUUGGACCAAGUUAAGCUCAACACUUUGCCAUUUAAAAUCUCAAAAACAACAUGCAUUUUAUUUUAAAACGACAAGCAGUUUGUCUAUAAAAUAAAAACGUCAUGCAGUUCAUCCUCUCGAGAUAUUUAAACGAGAUAAGAGAGAGAGAGAGCGAGUCUUGGAGAAUAAGUUUGUAACUUAAACUUCCCGAGAUCUUUGCCAAAUCCCCACUAACGUGCGCACGUUAUGCAACAGUUACGGGAAGUCGCUCCUCGUCCAUCCUUUUAAAUACAACUCAUCUCUCUUCUCAUUUCUCCAACUUUUUCCGUAUCAAAAUCCAACAGCAAAAAUCCCUCUGCGUAAGUCUAUUUUGCGAGAGUGUUUCGUAGAGUUUAUAGUUCGAUAGGGCGAUCACGAGUGAGGCGUGAUUCGUCUGCCAUGGUUUUAUCCUGGGACUCUAUAUUCGUACAGUUCCGUCUCACUAACGGAGCGAAUAUUUUGAGUUAAGGAAAGAGAUCAUAUCUCGACUCCAUGUCUCUUUGCGAAUACGAUUUCUUAUCGUUCUUGUAUUCGUCUUUACAUUCGUAUAUUUCCUUAACCUCGUUUCUUAUUUUAUCGUUUAUGUCAGUCCGGUUUUCCGGCUUUUACACUAUUCAUACGGGUCAGAUUGUUUUCUUUUACAACCAUAGCGACGACAUGUACGCUCGGUGUUUUGUUCUCUAUUACGAUCACAAGACGAAUAGACUCAUAAAUAGGCGGUUGUCUUAUGGUGCAUAAGUAGGGUUUCAACCGGUUUCUGCAAUGUUGCUUUCUUGUGAUUAUGUAGAGAAUGUUAUGUCGUUUAAAAAAAAAAAAAAAAAGAAUAAGUUUAUAUUGCAUGGGACUAUAUAUUGUGCUCAUUAUAUAUGUUUGAUUGACCGGAGGCAGAAACAUGAAACAUAUAAUGUUUUGUUUAGCGAUGUCGUCGUGUCACAUGAAGCUGUUCUUAACUUCACUCCAACUUUAGUUAUUGCCAAGAACAGCGCAACUACACACAAUUAAACAAUUUCCCAUGUCUGAAACAAUAACGCGUUAUAAUUAAACUAUGCACAUUAAUCCAUUGUGAUAAUGAUUUGAUUUAUUUAUCACUCUUUCUUAAGAGUUUUGGACUAGCUAGUAAAAGUAAAUUAAAAUUCUAAUUAGUUUGAAGAUAAGUAAAUCUUGUGCUAUUUGGAUCUGUGACCUUACAUAAUUCACUAAAAUCAAGUAUUAUUCAAUAUUAGAUCAUUGUUUUUAAAAGAAAAACAUCAACAUUUUUACAAUGGAAUUUUAUAGAAUUUCACGAGUAAAAGUAUUAGAAACAAAAUCUAAAAUAGCAACACUUAAUUGCAUUGAUUUAUAAGUUCAGACAUACAUUCAUCUACAGGCUACAGCUAACAUUGUUGACAAAUAUCAUUAAUCUAUAUGUAUGAUAUGACCAAGUUCGCUACACCAAGACGUGCAGACUCAAUUGAUCAUAUACUACAAUGAAUGAUUAGCUAAACGUGCGUGCAUGUCUUUUAGAAAAACAUAUACAAAAAUGUUACACACGAAAGAACACCCAAAACAACCAAAGAAGAAAAACAUGCCUGUCUCCAUCUCAAAGAGACGACCAAGAACAUCCAAAAAAACAGAAACCGAGAAACCCGAGGCAUCACUUAAAGAUCCUCGUACCGGCUGUAAUAGCAUAUGUUCGGUGUUCUCUAGUUCAAUUCUCUAUCGUGUUCCUCUCACGAUUCUCUUUCUCUUCUUUAUCUAUCUUUGGUCAACUUCCACCACCGUUAUCUCCGGUAACGUCGUUCAUAUAUGCAUCUCUUCACGGAAGCUCAACGAUCUUUACUGUCUCACCGCCGGUACUCAGCCCGGUUUACAUGUACCGGUCAGUAACUUCACUAAUCCGGUUAGUGAAAACGUGAUCAAAAGUGAAGAAGAGAAGAGUGUUGUUGUUCUUGGUGAAGGUGGAGAAAGAGACUCAGCCAGCUUUACAGUCGGAGCAAGCCCCGACGUCAUCAAGAAUGAAACUUCCACCGAAGAAAGAGGUUCCAGUCUUUAUCAAGAUUCUAAACCCGUCAAUGAGAAGAAUCUUGAUUCGUUUCUUGUUGAUUGGGAUUCAGAGACCGGAGAAGAGCGAUAUCGAUAUAUCAACUCCAAAGAUGAAGACGAGGAGACUGCUCUAAAGGCCGUGGACAAGUAUCUUAAAAUACAAAGAUCUUGGCUAUCAACCGUGAACAACCGCAAUAAACAAGGAUCUUGCGAAGGAAAAGGUAUCUACGUUUAUGAUCUACCGUCUAAAUUCAACAAAGACUUGUUGGGAGAAUGCUCGGACAUGGUUCCAUGGGCCAACUUUUGUAGCUACUUCAAGAACGAUGCGCUCGGUGAAUCCAUUGAGAGUCUCGGUAAAGGCUGGUUUAGAACGCAUCAGUACUCUCUUGAGCCGAUCUUUCAUUCUCGUGUUUUGAAGCAUCCAUGUAGGGUUUACGACGAGAACCUAGCCAAGCUCUUCUAUGUACCCUUUUAUGGCGGUAUCGAUGUUUUGAGAUGGCAUUUCAAGAACGUUUCCGAGGAUAUAAAGGAUGUUUUAGCCAUUGAGGUUGUUAAGUGGCUCGGAUCGAAACAAUCUUGGAGGAAAAACGCGGGAAAAGAUCAUGUGUUCGUUCUAGGAAAGAUCUCUUGGGAUUUUAGGAGGAAAAACAAGCUUUCUUGGGGCUCAAGUUUACUUGAGAUGCAAGAAAUGAAAAACCCUACGAAGCUUCUCAUCGAACGUAAUCCAUGGGAAGUCAAUGAUAUUGCUAUACCUCAUCCAACGUUCUUCCAUCCGAAAACCGACGACGAUAUCUCAAACUGGCAAAACAAGAUCAUCAUGAAACAUCGUAGGAGCCUAAUCAGCUUCGCUGGUGGAGCAAGACCUGGUAACCCUGAUAGCAUCCGGUCAACAUUGAUUGAUCAAUGCACGUCAUCUCCGGACCAAUGCCGGUUCUUGAACUGUACCAGUGGAGGCUGCGAUAAACCGGAGUCGGUUAUAGAGCUUUUCCAAGAUUCGGAGUUCUGUCUUCAGCCACCAGGAGACAGUCCGACAAGAAAAUCGGUUUUUGAUUCCCUUGUAGCCGGUUGUAUUCCGGUUAUCUUUGAUCCGUACACGGCGUACUAUCAGUACACGUGGCAUUUACCGGAGGAUCACCGGACAUACUCGGUGUAUAUAAACAAAGAAGAUUUGAAGGCAAAUAAAGUGAAUGUGAUUGAGAAGUUGAUGGCAAUGAGUCUAAGGGAAAGAGAGGAUAUGAGAAGUUACAUUGUUCAUGAGCUUUUGCCUGGUUUAGUCUAUGGUGAUCCUAAUGGUAAGUUUGAGAGGUUCCGAGAUGGUUUUGAUAUUACUAUUGAUAGUUUGCUCCGUAUGAUUUCAAAAAAAAUUGUAAGUUGAUUUUAUAUGAAUCUAACUAUCAUUUUCAACUGUAAUUUGUUUAUCUGAAUAUUGUCAAGAAUCUCAAAUGAUAUUAAUGUGACUUCUUGAUUUUUUAGAGAAAAUUAAAACCUGUUUUUAAAAUGCCUCAUGCAUGCCUAGUGGUGACUUGUGAGUAGAUAGGUUCGUAGGAUAGAUUACAAAAUAGGAUAUUUAGAGAUAAUGGCCGGUGUUGUUCUGUCUGACUAAAUGGCCUGUGUUGAUAACUGUAUUUUUGGAUCAUCAACUUCUCAGCAAUGACAUUGACAUUGGUUUGAAUUGGUUCUGCUUUUGUUUCACAAAUCCGAACUUGUUCCUCUAACGACUAAGCCGGUUAUCAAGAUAAACAAGCAUUGCCUCAUGUUUAUAAAACACCCGAGUAUCAUAAUCCACAAAACAGGUCAAUCAUGUGAUAAGAGAAUCAAAUUUACUGAAACAAAUACAAAUGUGGUGAGUUUUUUUUUGGUUCAAACAGUUCAUUUCACCAAUGCAUUGGUACAAAGCUUUUAACCUCAGACGAGAUUAUACCACAUAAACAAAUAAUGCAGUCUAGCAACAAGCUGAAACACUCAUUUAGAUCCAGCUCAACCUAACGUACAUUAUUGUUUUUUUCAACCACAAUGGGAUGAAUCACUCUACAACUCGAAACGAUUCACCUCUUAGACCUCCUAAAUUCUACCACUAAGUAACAAGACUACAGCGCUAUUCCUAAUUCUCCUAAGAUGAACUACAACAUAUGACUCGGAGCAGCUGGUACCAC